UUUAUUACCUGCUGGGCUAGACUGGGCUGAAUCGCAAUUUUGGUAGCCUCUCCCUCCUCUCAUCCCCGCCAAAACUUAUCACAACACAUGCAUCACAACUAUUUCACAAUAUUGAUUCACCAUUGUAGCACAAUAUUCAUCUGCCGAGACCUGUCCUAGGUAUCUCUAGGCAUAGAUAUCUCCCUUUGUCUGUUAAAUUAUUCUAUUCCCUUUCGUCUUCGCUCUAUACUCGCCUUCAUCGGCGUCAUGCAGGUGCCAUAGCUCUCUCUUCUCUCGUCUCCCUAACCGCGAGUAACUACGGUUCAACAUUACGCCUUGCGACUCUUGACCAUCGUCACUCCUAGACAAAUUGAAUUUAUUCGAGACGAGGCAUCUGUUCGGGCGCAUCUACUCUUGCCAGAAUGUCCUCGUCAUCUGGCACCCCGGAAUCUUGGAUUUCCUCCUUCUGCUCUCUCCUGGGCCACGAAUAUUUCGCAGAAGUGUCCGAAGAGUUUAUCGAAGAUGACUUCAACCUAACUGGAUUGCAGACCCAGGUCGCGAUGUAUAAGGAAGCUUUGGAGAUGAUACUCGAUGUUGAACCCGAGGACGACGAUGAAGAGGAUGAGGAAGAUGAUGAGGAAGAGGAUGAAUCUAUUGAGGGUGUUGACCGUCCGCGACACGGCGAACGACGCAACCAUAGUCGAAUAGCUAGUGAUUUAUCCGUUAUCGAAUCCUCCGCCGAGAUGCUCUACGGUCUAAUCCACCAGCGCUUUAUCUGCUCGCGAGCAGGCAUUCAACAGAUGUCGGAGAAGUAUGAGUUAGGCCACUUUGGUGUAUGUCCUCGAAGCCAUUGUGAACAGUCUCGGACUCUCCCAGUUGGGCUCUCUGAUAUACCUGGCGAGGAAACAGUCAAGCUUUUCUGUCCUUCUUGUCUCGAUGUCUACGUACCUCCCAACAGCCGUUUCCAGACUGUGGAUGGUGCUUUUUUCGGCCGCACAUUUGGGGCACUCUUCCUACUUACUUUUCCCGAAUACGACCUUACGAAACGAGGUGCUGAUGUACUAGCAAAUGCGCGCGUGAGCGAUGACGAUAAGGAAAUGCUUAAUGGCAUGUACACAUGCAAUAUUGCACCUGGACUGGGCAGCACCAAGAUAUACGAACCCCGUAUCUACGGCUUCCGCGUUUCGGAGGUUGCGCGCUCAGGCCCACGGAUGCAGUGGCUACGAGAUAAACCGGAUAAUAUCUCAGAAUUAGACGAAGCACGUCAUCAUGCGGAAGCCAACCCAGAUAGCGACGAUGAUGACGAAAGUAUGAAUUUGAAUGGACGGCCCGCGCGAAGACUACGGCCGCGAAGACGACAUGGCCAAGGGGGAAGCCCUAUGGCCGUAGAGGCGAACGGGGCAGACUCAGAGCUUUAAGAGAACAAGUCGAAUGGCAGAUGUGACCGACUAGAGUAGUGGUGGAGGCAACUAUCUCCACUCGUCAGAAGUCCAUAGGUGAAGCACAAAACACAGACCGAACUAGACACGAUGUGUCUCGGAUCUCACUAGGUCGAAAGAGCGUAAUCGGAGUUUCCGUACCCAUUAUGGUCUCAUCCUUGGUUUGCGGAUAAGCAGCAUGAGACGACGCAGAUUAUUAGGUCUCCGUGCUACUAGAUAGGAAAAGGAACGAAUGAAACCUAUACUUCUACCUUGCAUGGCCGGCGUUGGUAAACAUUUCGAUGCUUGAUUCCAUCCAGGCAGGCUUUUGUUUGGGGGCCUGGUUAGCAUCAAAGGGGAAAAGAGGAUUACAAGUUCGGAGAAAGCAUACGAGGUAGUUUCUUGUGGAUAUGAUGUAACUUGAGUCAUUUGUCUUCUUGUUUGCACGUGGCACUCAAUUGGAGUCUAAGGCUCUUAUAAAUCGUCACCACACAUCGUAAUAAAUCCCUUCUCAUGCGUGGUGACCGAGCUAUCACGGUUUUGAAAGGCACAGCAUAAUUUAGUCGUUGUUAGUUUAAACCUCUACUAGUAAGAUGUUUGGGAAACCCUAGCAUUUCUGUAUUCUGUAAUUCUUAACGUUCCUC